UUUUAUAUGAUUAUAUUGUCCGUGAGUGUCUACCUUAUUUUAACUUUUUGCCUUUAACCUGACGAACUACAAGUAAACAAUAAUCAACAAAGGAGCAUUGCACAAGAUCUAUAUAUUAAUUGUUCUUGUCAGUUUAAAUAUAUAGGUAAAUUCAUAAUGGAUGUAUUUCUAAUGAUUCGACGAAAAAAUAUGACAAUAUUUACUGAUGCCAAGGAUAAUACUACAGUUCUUGAACUUAAAAAAAUUAUAGAAGGUAUUUUGAAAAUAUCACCUGUGAAUCAACAGCUGUUCAAUAAGGAUAAUGUUCUUAUGUCAGAUAGUAAAUUUUUAUCUGAUUAUGGAUUAACAUCAGCAACUGCAAAACCACAAUGUCCUGCAUUAGUAGGAUUAGCUAUACGUCAAGAUAAUGGUCAAUUCGAACCUUUAGAGAUGACACCAUUUUCAUUACCACCUGAUUUACCAGAUGUUAUGAAAUCUCAAGAAACUAAUGGACAAGAACAAUCACCUUGAAACAUUGUGAAACAACUGAUGAUAAAGUGUUGAAUUCAAUACAAUUUUAUAAUUGUCAAAUAUUUCCAAAAAGGCUAACAGCUUAAGCAAACAUGAUGUGAAUAUUAGGUACAUACAAGUUUAUACGAAUAUUAAAAGUGUCUUGAGGCUUUUUAACUUCUGUAGGUAAGACUACUGUUAAUUUUUUGGUUAAUUAAUUUUUUUUUAUUUUUGUUGUUUUUUGUGAGUAAUGAUCAAGUAUUAUUUGUACUUGAUUAUUUGACUGAAAAAAUAAUAAAAUAUAAAAUUUAUAAUACAGUAUACCAUCCAAGUUUAUUGUAAUCUUUUAUAGGUAUAAAAAUAUAUCAACACUUUGUUAUUAUUGCCAAGAUAGAUCAAAUACCUCAGUCACAUGUAAAUUAUGAUUGUAGUUUGUAUUUUAUCUUACAAUGUUUUGUAAUUUUCCCUAUAAUUUAACUCAUAUCUAAUUCAUUUUUUUAAUUUAUAAAUUUCCAUAAAUUUUUUUUAUUAAGCUUUAAAUAUAAAACGCCUCAAAUUUUGUAAAAUAUAUAUAGCAACAUCAAUUUAUUACUUAAAAUGCAAAAUUAAAAAAUAUUAAUUGUAAAAACUUUGAAAAUUAAGUUUUACAAAAUAGAAAUUUGAAAAUGUGAUACAUUAUAAAUAGUGUACGUAAUUUUAACAAAUUGAUUACAUUUGAUACAUUAAAUCAAGUAAAUAAUCAUUUUGGUAUAAAAUACAAUAUUUCUAUCAAUUAUAUUUUGCUAUACCAUAAAAUUUUGUUAACUUUA